AGAACAUUCUGAAGCGGAAUACAAUGGAACCGUUGUCUCGGAAGGCAAGCCGAGCGCCGUCUCUUCGAGUUGACGACGCGCAGAGUGAUCCGGGAACCAGCAUACCCAUAAAAGGGGGAUUUUCGUUGUCUGUGACGUCAUGAAAUUAUGACGUCACGUCAUUGUCUUUCCCACUAGAUCGCAGUCAAGCAGUGUUUUAUAAGUGCCGAUGCUAUCUUGCUGCCAGAAAUGGGAUGCAAACAGACUAAGGUUAAGACUUUCAAGCAGACAUCUCCCGAGGAGGCUCUGACGGGCAAGAUCAACUGUCCUCGCGAGCUGUACUACGCCAAGUGUCAGGUGACACCGCCAACAUCCCGUCUGUCAGGGACGGAGAUUCUUCAACAGUUACGAGAUGAGGGUUUGGUCCCCGACCGUCAGGCCAGCGGAGGAGUUGCCUUCUCUGUCCCCGCAGUGGAGGGGGUUGUUCCCCGUGGCAGAGCUCCCCGACGUCUGGAGCAAAUCCCAGUGCGAUGCUUCUACACAGCUGAGAGGAGGAGACAGAAUGCGGAUCUAUACAGGCUGGACAGGUUGGUAGAACAAGUCCAGAGGAAACAACUGGACAGAGAAAUAAAGCACAAAGCUGUCAAGGACGAGAAGAAACGUCGCCUUUUCAUCAAGAAGAUGAAGGCGGAGCACCAGCUCCAAGUGAGGGAGGAGAAACUGAAGAGGCUGGAAGAAGAGCGGGCGGCGGUGAAGAAGAAGGCAGCCAAGAAGUAG